AUGCAGGCUUCCUCCUCGACGCCCGCCUCGGGUUCGGGCUCGGCCAGCCACGCCGACGUCGACCAGCACAAGCCCCUCAACCACCUCGCCUCGGCCAGAUCCCCCUACCUCCUCCAGCACAAGCACGACCCCGUCGACUGGUACGAGUUCACCGACCACGCCUUUCAAAAGGCCCGCGACGAGGGCAAGCUCGUCUUCCUCUCCAUCGGCUACUCGAGCUGCCACUGGUGCCACCAGAUGCGCUACGACUCCUUCUCCAAGCAGGACGUCGCAGACGCCCUCAACCGCGACUACGUCAGCAUCAAGGUCGACCGCGAGGAGCGCCCAGACGUCGACGCCACCUACAUGCAGUUCAUCAUGGCCCUCCACGGCAGCGGCGGUUGGCCCCUCUCGGCCUUCCUCACCCCCGACGCCCAACCCAUCUUUGGCGGCACAUUUUUCCCCAGGCACCAGUUCCUCGCCAUCCUCGACAAGCUCUCGACCAUGUGGAAAGACGACCGCCAGAGCUGCCUCGCGUCCGCCAGGGACAUCAGCGAGCAGCUCAGCUCGCGCCUCGGCCCACGCUCCGGCACCAAGCUCGACAGCCUGCCCAGCGACACCAUCGGCAUCAAGGCAGCCGGCCACUGGAUGAAGCGCUUCGACGCAAAGCACGGCGGCUUCGGCGAUGCGCCCAAGUUCCCGACGGUCUCCAACACCCACCACCUCCUGCACCGCUUCGUCGCCCUGGCCAACGAGGGCGGCAUGUCGGGCUGCUGGCAGACGCCCGAGACGAGGAAGCUGGCCGACGAUGCCCUGCACGCGUCGCUCUUUACGCUGCUCCAGAUCUCGCGCGGCGGCAUCACCGACCAGCUCGGCGGCGGCGUCGCGCGGUACAGCGUCGACGACGAGUGGCGCGUGCCCCACUUUGAAAAGAUGCUCUACGAUCAGGGCCAGCUGCUGUCCGUCUUCUGCGAGGCGAUCCAGCUGGCCAACCGCAGCGGUGACGCAAAGCUCGCCGAGAUGGUGCCGGAGCUCGAGGAGGCGGCGCGCGGCAUCGUCACCUACCUCGAACGCGAUCUCACCAACGACGCAGGCGGGCUCUACUCUGCCGAAGACGCCGACAGCCUGCCGAGCGCCGACUCGAUCGAGAAAAAGGAGGGCGCCUUCUACGUCUGGCGCCAGGACGAGGUCGAGUCGCUGCUGGGCAAGGGCUCGGAUGAGGCCAACGUCGUCGUCGCCCACUACGGCAUCCGACCCGACGGCAACAUCCCCGGAGAGAGCGACCCGCACGGCGAGCUGACGCACCAGAACAUGCUGCACGCCGUCGGCCCCGUUCGCGACACGGCCCGCAAGCUCGGCCUCGACGUGGGCGCCGCCGAGGCUGCGCUGGAAUCUGCCAAGCGCAAGAUGCUCGAGGCGCGCGACCGCCAGCGCCCGCGCCCGCACCUCGACGACAAGAUCAUCGCCGCCUGGAACGGCCUCGCCAUCUCGGGGCUCUGCAAGGCGGCCGAGGUGCUGCCGUCGUCGGAGCGGGGCGGCGACGGCGGUGCGCGGGCGCGCAAGAUGGCGCUGGCUGCGGCCGAGUUCCUGGUCAAGAACCUGUACAGCGAGUCGCAGAACCGGCUGCGGCGCAGCUGGCGCGACGGCGAGGCGGGUCCGUGGGGCUUUUCGAGCGACUAUGCGUUUGUCACGCAGGCGAUGCCCGACCUGUUUGAGCUCGAGGGCGACGCGCGCUUCCUCGAGCUGGCCGUCAAGCUGCAGAAGCGCCUCGACGACGGGUUCUGGGACGACGAGAUCGGCGGCUAUUUCAUCUCGGAGGACGCGGCGGGCGUCUCGGAUCGAGCCGGCCACGGUCACGGCGGCGGCGGCGGCGGCGGUGUCGAGUCCGGCGCGGCGGGCGAGGCGGGCGACGGAUCGAGGCUGCUGACGAGGCAGAAGGACGAGCAGGACGGCGCCGAGCCGAGCGCGACGAGCGUGGCGGCGCACAACUUGAUGCGGCUGUGCUGGCUGCUCGACAGCGAGCCGGAGUCGAUCACCGCCAGGGACGGGAUGGGGUGGGCGCAACGCCGGGACGCGACGAUCCGAGCCGGCGGGGCGGUGCUGGAACGGGCGUCGUUUGCGCUGGGCACGCUCACCACUGCGCUGCUGGGACAGAGGAGCGGGGGCAGACAGAUCCUCAUUUCCGGUCCCGGUCUGUCGUCUUCCUCCCGCGCCUCGCCUGGGGGCGGAGAGGCGGUGGGCGGAGCGACAGAGGGAGACGAUGCGACGGUGGGGUCGAGCAAGAACGUUGUCGAGCAAGAGGAAAAGCAAACGGCACAGCGGAUGCGCGAUGCGGUGCGCCGGCGUUUCCUCCCCUUCCGCUCCGUCGUUCUCGUCGAUCUCGACCUGGUCCAGGACCCGGAGACGAGGCGCGGGUUGGAGUUCCUCUCGCAACACAAUGCCGCCGUAAGGACGGUCCUCGAACGCGGUGCCGCUACCGGUGCGGACGAAGGGGAUCAGGCGGCGUCGAGCGGACUGACUCAGGCCCAUCUCUGUCGAGGUUUUACCUGUGGAUUGCCCAUUCGUGAUGUGGCGAGGUGGGAGGAUGAGUUGGAUCGUGCGGCUGCCGGAGGAGGAGGAGCACUGCCGGUGUAG